AUGAGCAAGGUGGUGAUGCAACUUGAUGAGACAUUAGCCGGUCUUGAUGGGGAAAAUUUCAUGUACCUAGGCAGGCUGAUGAUGGCCUUGUGGUCUCGCAGUCGUGUUUAUAAACUUUUGUCCUUGUGGUCAUUGCUGAAUGAAGAGGCCGAAGAUUUGAUGCGAAAGAUUGAAAAAGAGGAAGAGAGAGCGCACUACGAGGCCUGGAAUGCUUCCUGGAGAUGGAGGCCGCAGGAAUUGCAUGUAUGCAUUGUAAACCUUGUUAUCGGUACCCUCUACUGCGCAAAACAAAACUUCGAGUUCGGUAUUAGCCGUAUCAUCAGAAGUCUGGAGCCUUAUGGGAAAAAGCUGGAAGCAGACACGUGGUUUUAUGCAAAGCGUUGCUUUCUUGCAUUGGUUGAUAGCCUUGCGAAACAGAUGAUCGUGUUGAAGGAUGCGACAUACGCCGACAUAGACGACUUUCUUGAUGCUGCGGACAGCCAAGGCAAGACUGUCUACACAUCCGUGGAGAGUCCCGGCGAGGGCCAGAACUCCAACACGGUCUCCAGAGAAGCCAGGCUGCUCAAGAGGAUGUUUCUGAAGAUUAGAGAAUGAGGUAGGCAUGGCUUGCAAGCCUUGGUGUUGCAAAAACUUCAAGUGGAACCUUUCGUCUCACCGCCACUCCUUCCGAGAUCUCGUCCAUGCUCAGCUCCUUGCCACUGACCUUCCAC